UAAGAACCAAAGAGAGAGCAAAAAUGUCCUCAAAAUUGUUGGUUUUGCUGCUCAUUUUCUCCCUCAAUCUCCGUGGCUGCCUUGUCCUGGCCUCAGAUCCUGACCCAUUACAAGAUUUUUGCAUUCCAAACCCUUUGUUUGGCUCCAUAAAAACUGCCCAUCUCAGCAUUCUCCCAUGCAAGAACUCCGACGAAGCAACCACCAAUGAUUUCGUCUUCUCUGGUCUGAAAUCUGCUGGGAAUUUCACUGACACAGGCCUGGCCACCAUCCCUGUGAAUCCAACAGUAUUUCCAGGGCUUAACACGUUAGGCAUGUCAUUUGUACGUGCUGACCUGAAGGUUGAUGGGAUCAAUCCACCUCAUUUUCACCCUAGAGCAACUGAAAUUGCAUAUGUCGUGCAAGGACGGAUUUAUGCUGGCUUUGUCGAUUCAGGUAAUCGGGUUUUUGCUCGGGUGAUUGAGCAAGGAGAGGUCAUGGUGUUUCCCCGGGGCUUGGUGCACUUCCUGAUGAACGUUGGAAAGACACCUGCUACAAUUUUUGGAAGUCUUAACAGCCAGAAUCCAGGAAAUCAGAAGAUCCCAUCUGCAGUUUUUGGCUCUGGCAUCAACGAAGAACUUUUACAGAAGGCUUUUGGCCUGAGUCUGAAGCAGAUUGGGACAAUGAAGAGAAGAUUCAAUCCCAAAACAUGAGGUAAAUCAUGGAAAGAUCAAUGGGAAGAUAUAUUAUGAGUUCUGUAGUCCUUGAUUACGUAAAAAUGUUUGAAAAGGUUCUGGCUUUGUGUGGUAGAAUGAAGUCAAGGCUGUGUAUGAUGUCUACUCUGUUUAACUUUAAACUCCAGUCUCUGUUUAUCUAUCUAGGAUGAAUUCUAAACUAAGUUUAUGUCGCCCGCUUGAUGAGAAAACAAAAGAACUGAGCAAAAAAGAAUGAGAAUGAAUGAAUGAAUGUGCUGUUAUGAUGGCGAGGGGCGAUAAAUAUUAAAGGGUCAAUGGCAAGUUCAGGCGUGCCAUCAUCAUACCAGAAGACAGCCCUACUUUGAUGUAAAAGCGAACGCGAGCCCCAUGCUAAUGUGUCAACAACCAUAAUUGUUCCUGAUUUGAUUUUCUCAAUCUCACGAAUAAGUACAAGAUUCAAGAAUAAAAUUAGUUGAUGGAGGGAGAGAAGAAGAUUUGGGGAUCAACUUGUAGCGAGAGAAGGGAUCCCUUCUUCUUUGAAUUGACUUGAACAACUCAUUCAAAAAAUUCAUCAUCUAUCUCUUAUUGAUGAGUCAUAAGACAAUUCAUGGUUCAGGUUCAGACGAUUAGAAAGAAUAAGAAGAAAUAAAAACCAAAUGCAUCUAAACAAGAAUUGAUAACUGGUAUGUGAUAUUUACAUGUCAAAGAGAUCAAACCAAAACAGUAAAUGCCAAUAAAAAAUAACCAAAGCUUUAAAUUUUGAGCUAAGUAAAAAUGAUAAUGAUAU